UAAUGGUUUUACAUAACAUGAUUCAAUACUCGUCGUAGCUAUAUGCUUAUCUAUACACAACAAACAGCUGAGAGAUAAUAUACAGGCUGUGGAGUUAAAUUCAUCAAACGUUUUAAAUAUUCCCGCCUUGACACUAGAUGAUGACAUUAACUUGAAUUUGAACACAGCUUAUUCCAUCUCCUAUAAACAAAUAGAGGAAAGCCAUUUAGAGAGAGAACCUUUACAUAUCAUUGAAGAGAUAACUCUUCCAGAAAUCGGUAAACUAAUUGAAAUGUAUAACAAGUACUUUUAUGAUGAAAGUCUAAAUUUAUUAUCGAAUGACGAACACAACAGCCCUGUGUUGAAAAAGACACAUGGUUUUGAAAUUCAAUGUGAUAAGAUGAAGACACAAUUAAAUAUGCGACAAAAUCAAAAGAAUGAUUUACAGCAGGUUAUUAAGGGAAGCUACAUGAAGAAAAAACCUAAUUCUUUGUUGAAAACUGAACAUGGAUAUACAGACGAAAAGAUUAAUUUGAAAAAGACUUCAUCCAGUCCUUACGACAUAUACAGAACAUUUCCUUUUAAGAGUAUGUCGGAUGCUGUGUUUAAAAGAACACCAUCCCCGAGACUUAAGAAAUGUCAGAACGAGAAGGUGGAAAAAAUAGCCAUUAAAGAAUCCAAAGAAAGAAACCAGAAAGUUGGAUGAAGGUGAUUUAAAAAUGAAAGAAAAAAUUAAAGAACAAGAAAAAGUUUUAAAAGAUCUUAAAGCUAAAGCUUCUCAAAAAGGACCUUUAG